AUGUCAUUCCAAAGACAUUUACAACAAGCCAAUAUUCCAUGGAAGAACAAUAACCUUAGCCUUCUGAACAAAGACCUUCCUAUUUCUGAGCAAGGAGAGACCAUCAUAGGAGCAUACCUGUUAACACUAGGCUGGUUGUCAUGGUUUGGGAACAGCAUAGUCAUUUUAGUACUUUAUAAACAAAGAGCUAGUCUACAGCCUACUGACUACCUCACCUUCAACCUGGCCAUAUCAGAUGCCAGCAUUUCUGUGUUUGGAUACUCCAGAGGGAUCCUUGAAAUCUUCAAUGUCUUUCAGGAUGAUGGAUUCCUUAUAACCUCCAUCUGGACCUGUCAGGUAGAUGGUUUUCUAACCCUGCUGUUCGGCUUGACCAGCAUCAACACUCUGACUGUCAUCAGUGUCACCAGAUACAUCAAGGGAUGCCACCCCAACAGAGCUCAUUGUAUCAGUAAUAGCAGCAUUGCUGUUUUGCUGGGAUUCAUCUGGUUAGCAUCUACCUUCUGGUCAGGGGCACCUCUUGUGGGCUGGGGAAGCUACACAGAUCAUGGGUAUGGAACCUGUGAGAUUGACUGGGCCAAAGCCACCUUCUCAACAAUCUACAAGUCCUACAUUGUGGCAAUCUUCAUCUGUUGCUUCUUCCUGCCAGUCUUCAUGAUGUUAUUCUCCUACGUGUCCAUUAUCAACACUGUCAAGACCAGCCAUGCCUUAGCAGCAGCAGGAACGGGAGACCUCACUGACAGGCAGAGGAGAAUGGAAAAGGAUGUCACCCGGGUGUCCAUUGUCAUCUGCACUGCCUUUAUCAUAGCCUGGUCGCCCUAUGCCGUGAUUUCCCUAUGGUCUGCCUGGGGUUUUCAUGUCCCAAACACAGCUAGCAUCUUCACCAGACUCUUCGCCAAGUCAGCCAGCUUUUACAACCCCAUCAUCUACUUCGGUAUGAGCUCCAAGUUCCGUAAGGACAUCAGCAUCCUGCUGCCCUGCACCAAGAAGAGCAAUGACACUGUCAAGCUCAAGCGUUUCAAGAACCUCAAGCAGAAGGCUGAGCUCCCCCCCGCACAUCAUAGAGAACAGCAGUACAUUCAGGAGAAGCCGGUCCAAAUGCCAGACUCAGGUGUGGGAAGCCCAUCCAACACUCCAGAGAACAAGGAAGUCUUCUUCAUCCCAAUGCCUUCAGCACCUGAGGCUCCUGAAUUUGAAUGUGACAGACUCUGA